GCCAGCAGGUCCGCGGGAUCCGGCAGAGCUACGGGUGCUGGCGCUCACGUCGCGCUGCUUGCGGACAAUGGGCAGUUUCCCCCCGCGCGCCGCUCGCUUAGUCAUCCGCGCUUGAGGUCUGGAAAGCUUUGAGCUCGAGGCGAACUCCAUGACCGCUGCAUCACCAGCACCCGCACACCGCCAUGUCGAACAUUGCGCCCACCGUCGCGAGGCAGGCCCUCCGCAUUGCUUCUCGUCGAUACCCCUCGUCCGCCUUCUGCCGUGCCUCCCCGCGUGUCGCCGCGCUCACUGCCAGCGGCCGACGACACUAUGUCUCCGAGACGAAACCUUCCAAUGCCAUCGUGAACGUCGAGACGGCGAUCAAGGCGGACCAGAGGGCAUUCGUAAACCAGACUGGAAAGAGUCCCGAGAAUGCCACGAUGCCGACGACUGGCAUGGGCGCCGAUGCCAUGAUGAGCCCGACUGCUGGUAUCCUGAAGCAGGCAACCAUCAUGGAUGAAGGCAGCCGUCCGAUAUACUUAGACAUGCAAGCCACGACGCCCUUGGAUCCGCGGGUGCUAGACGCCAUGCUCCCUUUCAUGACCGGCCUCUACGGCAACCCCCACUCUCGGACCCACGCAUAUGGUUGGGAGAGCGAAAAGGCAACGGAGCAAGCUCGUGCACACAUCGCCGAGCUUAUCGGUGCCGAUCCUAAAGAGAUCAUCUUCACCAGCGGUGCUACCGAGAGUAAUAACAUGAGCAUCAAGGGUGUUGCGAGAUUCUUCAAGCGGUCAGGCAAGAAGAACCACAUUAUUACAUGCCAAACCGAGCACAAGUGCGUUUUGGACAGCUGUCGGCAUCUGCAAGAUGAAGGCUACCAGGUCACCUAUCUGCCAGUCCAGAACAACGGCCUUAUCGACAUGGCUCAGCUCGAGGCUGCGAUACGACCAGAGACUGCUCUGGUCAGCAUCAUGACCGUCAAUAACGAAAUUGGCGUUGUGCAGCCUGUGGAAGAGAUUGGAAGGCUGUGCCGGUCAAAGAAGAUUUAUUUCCACACCGAUGCCGCCCAGGCUGUCGGGAAAAUUCCUAUUGACGUCAACAAGAUGAAUGUCGACUUGAUGUCGAUAUCAGGGCACAAGAUAUACGGACCAAAGGGAAUCGGAGCCUGCUACGUUCGACGAAGACCUCGGGUCAGGCUUGACCCCAUCAUCAGCGGCGGAGGCCAGGAGCGCGGCUUGAGGAGUGGUACCCUAGCCCCUUUCCUUUCCGUUGGCAUGGGCGAAGCUGCGCGCAUCUGCAAAGAGGAGAUGGAGUAUGACACCAAGCGCGUCACCGCCCUAUCGAACCGUCUCCUGGAGGGUCUCCUGUCACUGGAGCACACCACACUGAACGGUGACAGAACUCGCCACUAUCCCGGCUGCGUCAAUGUCUCGUUCGCUUACGUUGAAGGAGAGUCUCUCCUCAUGGCUCUCAAGGACAUUGCCCUCUCUUCAGGCAGUGCUUGCACGUCGGCAUCUUUGGAGCCUAGCUACGUCCUCCGAGCGCUUGGCAGCAGUGACGAAAGUGCACACAGCAGUAUCCGUUUCGGCAUCGGCCGGUUUACGACUGAAGACGAGAUCGAUUACGUGCUCAAGGCUGUCAGGGAGCGCGUGACUUUCCUCCGGGAACUUAGCCCGCUGUGGGAGCUGGUGCAAGAAGGAGUGGACUUGAACACGAUCGAGUGGAGCCAGCAUUGAGGGGGUGAAAUAUACCCUGCGGAAUUUGUACAGAAUAGGAACACCCGGGCUUGGAGCAUGUUUGGGAUAUGCACGCUCGCUGCAGCGUUCACGAAGGAAACGACUAGCAUUCGCUGUACCAUACUAAUGUCGCUCUGCGCUCAGAUGCAUUGAGCACGUAAAUACAAUUUCCAAUUUCAACGAUGCUGCC